UAUGUAGAAAAAAAAAAAAAAGAGUAUGUAAAAAGAUUGCUCAAAGAUCUGCUGGAUGUAAGUUGCCAAUCAACAGAUGAGGAUUUAAAGCCCUCUUCAACCAGUUGAAAAUAUGGUUCCUUUCACUAAACCCAGGUCCUCGUACAUCAGAGCACUCUUCACAUUUGUCUUCAUCAUCUUUCUUUUUAUGCUGUUCCAAAACGCGAUGAUCUAUACUUCCCUCAAAACUUCUGUUGAUUCCACCAGCGGAGGUCUGUGCGCUUGUGAUAAAUGUGUCAUGGAUCUGAACGAUACUGAUUGGUUCUUCACACGGUUCAACCCCACGGUUCCAUUUCUACUGAACAGAAGAAACGGUGUGUUGCGUUCCGACGUCUACAGAUGGUGGACGGGUCUGCAAACCGAGAUCACUAAGGUUAACUUCACCGACGUGGUGGACACAUUGUUUUCUCUCUUUCCUGAUGAAGAGCACUACUCGGACGCCGGUCCAGAUCGCUGCAGAACCUGUGCUGUGGUGGGAAACUCUGGGAACUUGCUGGGAACUCAUUAUGGGCCUCUCAUAGAUCUUCAUGACCUUGUCAUAAGGAUAAACAAGGGUCCAACAGAAGGUUAUGAGAAGGAUGUGGGCUCUAAGACCACUCACCGGAUUCUCUACCCUGAAAGCGCUGUGGAUCUAGACAACUCAACCCACCUUAUUCUUCUGCCCUUUAAGAUCAAAGACAUGCGCUGGCUCAUCAGUGCCUUCACCACUAAACACAUCACACGCACCUAUUUUAGAGUGAGACCUACAGUAAACGCUAACAGAGACAAGGUGAUGAUCAUCCAUCCUGAAUUCAUUAAAUAUGUCUAUGAGAGCUGGCUGCAGAAACAUGGCAAAUACCCAUCAAGUGGAUUCAUUACACUGAUAUUCGCUCUGCACAUCUGUGAUCAGGUCAAUGUUUUUGGGUUUGGAGCUAAAAGUGACGGGACGUGGCAUCAUUAUUUUGACAGAAGCUUGACUCACUUUAGCAGAGGCAGUCACGGUGGAGACUUUGAAAAUAAGACCAUGAAUGAGCUUCUUUUGUUGAACAAGAUUUCUAUACAUAAAGGGUGGUAAUAACCAUUUUCUCAUUGUGUCCCUGGAACAGGCUUUUAAUGAAACCCUUUUGAAAAGCCUACAUUUUCAAAGCAGAAUUAUUUGUGAAUAUUUAUGUAUUUAUUCACCUGGUAUAUAACCAAGAAAAAUAAGACAUUAUUAUUUCUAAUAGCAUAUUGUCCUAAUGGGGAAUGUGGAACAAUAAAGAUUAAAUUAAACCGA